AGCCGAAAGAGCUUGAAAGGGGACUACAGUUUCUUGACACAAAACUUCAUUAAUGGCUACCUGGUGUGGAUCAACUGACAAGAAAAAAAUCAGAGAGAAGAGGUCUUCUUCUAGCCAAAGUAGUGACACGGAUAUGGAAGAAAUAACAAAUGCAUCAAGUACUCUUGAUCUUGAAUUUGGAAUUAGAGAUGAAAAAAGGGAAUUGAGAAAAACAAUUGUCGAAGUGUAUGAAAAGAUUCUAGAAUUCCUAUCUCGAGAAGAAUAUGAUGCUGAACUCCGCAAAGAGCUUGCAAACAACUACAGCCUUAAGGAUAAGAAGUUAGAUAAAGAAAACUAUGAAAUAAUUUUGGAAGAAAGAAAGAAAGAUAUUGAAAGAAUGGAAAGGGGAAUACCAAUAUCAGGAGAAACAAGCUCUGGUAAAACAAGUCUGAUAAAUAAACUUGUUGGCCAAGAACUGUUUUGUCCAAAAGCGAGACCAGCAACAGCAAAAAUUUGCAGAAUUAGCCCUUCGGAGGAGGUUUGCCUUAAAUUGUCCGAUGCUAAUGACAAGGUCAUUGAUGCACAUUUUUUUGGUGGUUUUGGGGAUUUGAAGAAAAUUAGGACCUUACUCGAAAAGAAUUCAGAUUUGAAGAAAAGCAUAAAGGCAGACCCAAAUAUCCACUACAUUGACGUUUUCUGUCCAUUUGGCAACUUGAAAACAAAGGGAAAUAUGAUGCUUGUGGAUACACCAGGUAUUGGAACAUCCGAAGAGUUGACAAAUAUGCUUUUGAGAUAUCUUCCUAGUGCAAUUGCGUUUGUUUUUAUCAUCAACGUGUCAAACGCAGGCGGAGUUCAGGAAGAUAGGAUUGUCAAAAUUUUGGAAACAAUUCUGACGAACCUCUACAAAAUGCCUUGUUUUGAUCCAAAAGAUGUCCUUUUUGUGACAAAUAAAUGGAAUAUGCUAAAAGAUCAAAUGAAAGAAGGCUGUGAUGAUGAUGAAGAUGAUGAUAAUGAAGAUGAUGAUGACAAUGUUGAUGAAAUGCAGGAAACUUGGGAUGACGUAAAAGAGACAAUCAAAAAAAUCUGGCCUGUAUUUGAAGAGGACACGAUCUUCAAACUUUAUUUAAAAACUAUAAAUCCAGACGACGGCUCAGAUGAAGAAAGAGCAGAUUUCGAAAGAUUUACUAAACGCCUGCUGGAUUUAUCAAGGAAGAACACGGACAGCAAAAUUGCAAUACACCUAAGGUUGCUGAAAGAUGACAUGAACAGAAUUAAAAGAGGAAUAAAUGCAAGAAUAAACACGGCAGCCAAAGGUGACAGAAAAAGAAUUGAAGUAGAAAAGUCAUUAAAAGAAAUGAAAACAUUAAAAGAAAGCAGUCUUGAGGUUAAACAAAAGCUUUUAGAUGAAAUAACACUUGCUGCAUCAAACCUCUCGAAAACAUUUCACACAAAAUUAAAGUCCUUCAACAGUAGUGACGAAAUUCGAGAAAAGUACAGAACCAAAGAAAAAGAAUCCAUUGACUGGAAUUCAAUUAUGCGAAAAGAAACGAUUGAGUGGAUGAAAGGGAAAGAAGUUUUAAAUGCACUAGACGGAAUUGAAAACAAAGUGUCAAAAAAUUUUAGAGUUAUUCGACAGAAAAUUGAAGAAAUAACAACAUUGUUGACUGGAGAAGAAGAUUCUGAAGAAAGAAAUGAUAUCCCUUCGGGUCUACAGAAAUUGCUGGAACCAUGUCCAUGGCUUCCAACAAUGAACACGUUUGCUGCUUUAGCCCUUUUCCCCGACGAAAUGCAGCACUCGUCUCACGGAGCAGUUGCCUCCCAACAAGCACGUGCCUCUUUUGAAGAUUGUCUAAAAUUGUACACUAAGGAGGCGAUUGAAAAAUAUUUGAAAUUCAUUUUUGACAUUCAUUUUGAAACCAGAAUUAUUGGUAUAUUUGAUAAAGCAUUCCCACGAGAGAUUGGAAGUAUCAUAGCAACCAUAGAGCAUGUUUUAAAAGACAGAACGUUAAGAACAAAUGAACGAGAGUUGAAAAAAUGGCGGUGUAUGAAAGGAGAUCUUUUUGACAUUUACGAGGAGGUAGAUGAACUGUUGUCUUUAUCAACUGUAAAAAAAGAUAUUAAUUCUUAGGUGUGUGGUGUAUCUUUUGAUACUGAACACACAAAAUAGUUUGGAUGUUGGUUAGGACUUAACAUAAUGCCUGGACAACAAAGUGAACAAAUUUAUAUAUUUUUAUAUUACUGGAAUUUAUUGAUUGGAUGAAUGAUUGAAAAUAAUUAUUCAGUAUUCAAAGAUCAAAAUUUUAUGCCUUAUGAUUAAAGAAACGAGAAUAAUUAGUAUCCUUAGUAGCGAAACCAUUAUUGAAAGACUGUGAGUGCAUGCAAAGACUACAUCAUACGCAUAAAAAUCUUCGUAAGAAACUCUAGCAUCUUUUUAUUAACAGUACAUGUAGGUGUGGGUAGAAGCAAUAUGUUAUUAAGUCAAAUGUUUAUUUCAAAAUGACCAAUCACAUUUGAAAUAUUUAAAAUUUAAACCUUAGCAAUGUUCUUAAAUCAAUGGCGUUUUU